UAUAUAUAUGAUAAACAAAAAUGUUUACAAAAGUUGUCAUUUUUAUACUAUUUAUAAGUAAGGAUAUGAUUCUUUGGCUCAAUGCCAAAAACGUCACGCAUAAGGAUUCAAUAGAAUGUUUGGAAUGGGAUCAUGGAUUCUGCAUUGAGAUGGCCAAUUAUCCCAAUCUGGAUAAUAUAGAAGAGGCACUGAUUAAGGAAUACCCACAACUAAUUAUGGACACAGAUGAUCAUUAUUUCAUUGAUGAUGAAACUGAAUUGAGAGGUAUUGUCUACAUGGAGCCCCUUUGUAGAAGCAGUAAAAAGAUUAUUUACCCUCAAAUGCAAAAUACAGACAUUGGUUGGCUUAUUAUAGUCAACAAUGAAAAACUGAAGCAGGGCUUACUUAUUGAAGUGUGCGACGAUAUGGACGCCCCAUGUAGUUCAAUUAAACGCGGAAGCACUAAAAAACCUAUUUGCAAGCAAGUCUACAUUCAUUCCCGAUUAGUGGCUAUGACGACCACAGGGGAAACGUUAACUCACGAAUUUCAAAUACCAUCCUGCUGCAAGUGCUUCAGAGAUCGCUGGGAAACUGACGAUAUUUGA